UUUUAACUCCUAUAUGUAACACCAUCACAAAUUACUCCCUCGUCACACAAGACUUAUUACAGUUGUAUUGAGCGAUAGCAUUGCAAGAUGGAGUCUUCUAGAUCUUCAACUCUAGCUCUUUUUUUUACCAUCAAUUUGCUUUUCUUUGCCAUGGCAAGUGGCUGCUUCACUUGCACACAGCCAAAGCCUAACCCAUUCCCUUAUCCUAACUCUAACCCUACUCCUCCUGCAAAGAGCUGUCCCAGGGAUGCACUUAAGCUGGGUGUGUGCGCUAACGUGCUUAAUGGACCAAUUGGUGCGGUGGUGGGAUCACCACCGGACCACCCAUGUUGCUCGGUGCUAGAAGGGCUUCUUGAUCUUGAAGUCGCGCUUUGCCUCUGCACUGCCAUCAAAGCUAACAUACUUGGCAUUAACCUUAACAUCCCCAUUUCACUAAGCUUGAUCCUUAACGCCUGUGAGAAGUCGCCACCCUCUGACUUCCAGUGCAGCUAGACGCAGUUAAGCACGUCAUUCUCAGUUCAUGCACUGCUAUCAUCCAUGUCUUUGUCUGUUUGUUUAUUUGUGAUUUUCUGAUUUUGGGAUUGUUAUGUUGUUCCCACCUUGCUAACUCAUUUAUGAGAAUGCAAUUGUACCCGUUAGUUGUGACUGUAAUUUGACUUCGACUGUAGUCUGGAUGGCUUCUAAUUUUCUAAAUUUGAUCAAUUAUUCUGUGUUGAA